AUAUUUACUUUCACCGCAAAUCAUAUUUAUUAUUGCGCACUCAUCAAUGUAUUCGUUUUAUUGAUCGAUAGUCGGUACGCUCGCUUUUGAUUGUUUAAAUAAUUCAUUAUUGGCUUCGCCGCGCGGCAACGCAUCAUUAUCAUUUGCUAAUUGCUCGUUAAUUCACGACUCUACUUGAAUGUUUUAUAACAAAGCAGUGGUUAAGAGCCCCUGACCAAAUAUAAAUAUACAACCAAGCUUCUUAUAUUUUUACGAAAGAAAUCGUGUCUUCUACGAUUGUGUUCGAGUGCACUGAUCAUUAUAUUCGUAUGAAAUCGAUGAAGAGAUUAUUUCUUAUCAGAUGAGUCAUUGAGUGUAGCAUCCCACGCGAGCCCCAGACGAAUGGUACACAUAUAAUUUUUUUUCUCUUUCUAUAAGCUCAGACCACGCGAUCGCAUUUAUUUUCUGGCCGCGCAGGGCAAAAAAUCAAUUAUUAUUUGUAUUCGACGAUAACGUUAUUGAACGCGACACCUUUACCGUGAUAAGGAAGUAACGGAUAUACCCCCUGUAAUGCUCGAAUGACAUAAUACAAAUGAAAGCUCAAAGUUCCCUUGCUCCAAAUGUAAACUUCGAUAUAAUAUAUACCGCAUGCCGAGUAUUUUAGCUGACCACAUCACAAAAUCCGCGACGAUAAAUUCAAUCGUACAACGAAACCGAAGUAUAAAGAAAAAAACCCAGCGCAAUUGGACCCGCAGAGACGACUCGUAAACGAGCCAAACGAACCGUUGGGAUUUUUUGUCUUCUCGUCCCUUGUUGUCCGUAAACAUUGAUUUAGUGAGAUUAUAAUGGUUUGCGCUGUGCCAUUCGUCGUCGCCGUAGUCGUAUCGGACCUUGGACUUCGUGCUGAGCACGUGGCUCGCAGCCAUACAAACUGUAUCACACGUUGUUAGACUGGACUCGUUCGUUGGUGCGUGAAUGUUAAAUAAGCCCCCGAGGAAGUAAUAUUACAUCUUUGUGCGCCAUAUCGUAAAUCGCGCCAAGUUACGCACACAUACACAAACACACCCAAGCCAUGGACAAGAACGAGAAGAAGCAUUUAAACAAUCCGAGACGGACUGCCAAUCCUUUAUCAGCCAUCACCUUUACUUGGCUAUUCGAUAUAUUUCGAACGGGAUACAAACGAGAAUUGGAGAUAUCGGACCUCUACUCGCCCCUGGACGAGCACACAAGCAGUUUAUUAGGUCAAAAAAUAUCAAAAUUAUGGGAAUCCGAGGAGAAGCGCUGUCAAAAGUCGACGAAAAAGAAGUCGUCCCCGAGCUUGCUAAGAGUAAUCGUCAAAUGUUUCGGCUGCGAACUCAUGGUCUACGGAUUCAUCUUAGGAUUAUUUGAAUUUUUAGUAAAAACGACGCAACCGAUUAUACUGGCAAACCUGUUGAAAUAUUUUAGUGGUAAAGUUGGAGUGGAUCGAACCCAGGCCUAUUACUGGGCCUCGGGUAUAGUUUUAGGCGUAGCAUUAUCCUGUAUAAUUAAUCAUCCGGUUUAUCAAGGACUCAUGCACAUGGGAAUGAAAAUAAGAGUAGCCUGCUGCUCGCUGAUUUAUAGGAAAAUUUUGAGAAUAUCCAAAUCGGCCAUCGAAGGCGAUACCAGCGUCGGCCAAAUGGUGAAUUUGUUGAGCAACGACGUCAACAGGCUCGACUAUUCAGUUUUUUCGCUGCAUUACAUAUGGAUAACGAUGAUCCAGACGGCCCUCGUGUCGUACCUUCUGUACAGAGAAGUAAAUUUAGCCGCAGUCGGUGGAGUUUUUACGAUGUUGCUGUUCAUACCCGUCCACGGUUGUUAUGGCAAGCUGUCGUCGUAUUUCACGUUGAAAUUCUCCUUCAAAACCGAUGAGCGCUUAAGAUUGACUAAUGAAAUCAUAAGCGGCGUCAAAGUCAUCAAAAUGUACGCCUGGGAAAAACCGUUCUCGUUUCUUGUUGAUAAAGCUAGAGAAAAAGAGGUAAAAGUCAUUAGGAAUAAUUUAAUGAUGAGCGAGAUAUGUUGGUCGUUCGAGAGUUACAUUCCACGGGUAUGCCUUUUCGUGACGAUAUUAGCAUACAUUCUGUUCGGCAAUACGAUCGACGCGGAAAAAGUGUACCUGGUCACGGCGUAUUACAACGUGCUGCGAACGAGUUUAUACAGAAUGUUCCCACUUGGUAUCAAAGAAUGCGCCGAGGCUUUUGUGUCGGUCAAACGUUUGCAGAAAUUUUUAGUCUCCGACGAGGUUCAAGCCAACGCGUCGAACAUCAGCUACGUCAGUGCCGAGGCCAACGACGGCGUGGCCGUCUCGUUGAAAAACGUCACCGCCAAAUGGAAAGCCGACGCCAAACACGAGGCGCUGAGCCACGUGAAUCUCGACGUCAAGCUGGGCUCUCUGACGGCGAUCGUCGGCCAGGUGGGCUCGGGCAAGACGACGCUGCUUCACGCCCUGCUCAACGAGAUGCCCCACGUCGAGGGCGACAUCAAGAUAGCCGGUAAAAUGUCGUACGCCAGCCAGGAGGCGUGGAUCUUCGCGUCGACGGUCCGGCAGAACAUCACCUUCAGUCUGCCCUUCAACAAGGAGCGCUACGACAAGGUCAUCGAGGUCUGUCAGCUGAAACGCGAUCUGGAGCUGCUGCCGUACGGCGACUCGACCCUCGUGGGCGAGCGAGGAAUCAAUCUGAGCGGCGGCCAGUGUGCCCGAGUCAAUCUGGCCCGUGCGAUUUACCAGGAGGCCGACAUCUACCUGUUGGACGAUCCGCUCUCAGCGGUCGACAGCCACGUCGGCCGUGGCAUCUUCGAGAAGUGCAUCAAGUCGUUCCUCAAGGGCAAGACCGUCGUGCUGGUGACGCAUCAGUUUCAUUACUUGAAGAACGUCGAUCACAUCGUCAUACUCGGCGACGGGGAGAUACAGGCUCAGGGCAGUGCCACCGAGCUGCUCGACUCGGCCCUGGAUCUGGCCAAGAUGAUUCGCAAGGAGAACGACAAAGGCUCGGAUGCGGUCGACGACGUCAUCGAUCCACCCGUCAACAAGGAGAACGGCACAGCCAAGCCAGCAGCAGCAGCAGCAGCCGUGGCGGCCAAGUCCGAGGAGGAAGAGGACGAGGAGGAGGAGAGCCGAACUCGCGGCAACAUCACCGCCAAGACCUAUCUGCAGUACUUCGGCGCGGCGAAAAACGUCUUCCUCGUCCUCAUGGUCUACGUGGUCAGCAUAAUGUGUCAGGUGAUGUCGAGCGGCGCCGACUACUUCAUCUCCUACUGGGUGAACUACGAGGAGAAGGAGGCCAAUAACACGCUGAGCGCCGUCGAGGGCGAUCCCCUGCAGGGCCGCGGCUGGUUCAUCUACGUGCUGGGCUCGAUGACGAUCGGCACGAUGGUCCUGACUCUGCUGCAGGCCUACAUAUUCUUCGACAUGUGCAUGAGGAUAUCGAGGAAUCUUCACGCGGCCCUGUUCGACAGUAUCUGCCACACCUCCAUGGCCUUCUUCAACGCCAACCCGAUUGGACGCAUUUUAAACAGAUUUUCCAAAGACAUGGGUAUCGUUGACACGAGGGUGCCUCAAACAAUCAUCGACGUAACUCAGAUCAGUUUGUACACGAUCGCGGUGCUCGGUAUAAUAGCCAGCGUCAAUCCGUGGUUCCUGCUGCCGGCCGCGGCUCUGGGCACGCUCGCCUACUUUUUCCGAACGUUCUACAUGAGCGGCAGUCGCAGCAUCAAACGAUUGGAGGGCAUAACCCGCUCGCCGGUAUUCAAUCACCUGAGCGCCAGUAUCCAAGGCAUCUCGACGAUACGAGCUCUAAGGGCCCAGGAAGUGCUCACCAAGGAGUUCGACAGUCACCAAGACCUGCACUCGUCAGCCUGGUUCCUGUUCUUCUCGGGCUCUAGGGCUUUCGGCUUCUACAUCGAGAGCAUCUACCUAAUUUUCACGGCCAGCGUCGUCUUCACCCUCGUGGCGGUGAACGACGUGGCCCUGGCCGGGAGCGCCGGUCUGGUUAUCACCCAGUGCAUCCUGCUCACGGGCAUGCUGCAGUGGGGCGUGCGCCAGACGGCCGAGCUGGAGAAUCAGAUGACCUCGGUCGAGCGGGUGCUCGAGUACACGAAGCUGCCCCAGGAGCCGGCCCUGGAGAGCAGCGAGAACAAGCCGCCGGAGAAGUGGCCCGCGAGCGGCAGGAUCGAGUUCAACGACGUCACGCUGACCUACGGCAGCCAGAAGAAGGCGGCCCUGAGGCAUCUCACCUUCUGCGUCGAGCCCAACGAGAUGGUCGGCAUAGUCGGCCGUACGGGCGCCGGCAAGUCGUCGCUGCUCAACGCCCUGUUCCGCCUGGCCGAUCUCGAGGGCGAGAUCAAAAUCGACGGCCUGGACACGAGCAAGAUAUCGCUGCGCGAUCUGCGCUCGAAAAUCAGUAUUAUACCGCAGGAGCCGGUGCUGUUCGGCGGCACGCUGCGCACGAAUCUCGACCCGUUCGAGGAGUACGCCGAUAACGAGCUCUGGCGAGCCCUCGAGGACGUCGAGCUCAAGGGCACCCUCGACUCGGACCUCGGCCUCGAGAUGCGCGUCAUGGAGGGCGGCACGAAUUUCAGCGUGGGUCAGAGGCAGUUGCUCUGCCUGGCCCGGGCCAUCGUCCGGAACAACAAGAUACUGGUGCUGGACGAGGCGACGGCCAACGUCGAUCCGCGCACCGACGAGCUCAUUCAGAAGGCCAUACGCAGGAAAUUCGCCAACUGUACCGUGCUCAUUAUCGCCCAUCGGCUCAACACGGUCAUGGACAGCACCAAGAUCAUUGUCAUGGAUGCUGGACGAGUCGUCGAAUUCGAUCACCCAUACAAAUUGCUUCAACGCAACGAUGGAGUUUUGUACGGUAUGGUACAACAAACUGGAGCCGGAACAGCUGAAAAUCUGUUGCAAAUCGCAAAAUCCAGCUACGAAUCGAAAAAUUCAAGCGAAGACUUGGAACAAUGAAAAGUUAUACAUCUGGGAGCAGUCGAUAACAAUGCACUGAUCGAUAAACGUCUCAAGCCGCACGUGUACAUAAGCUUGUCACUUUUUAAUAAGCACAUGCGUCUCUGCUGAGCGAACCGAGAGCUCAGCAAAAGAAGAAAAAUUUUAAUUUUUUGUCAAAAUGUUUUUACCAGUGCAGAUUUCAGACAUUUUAUACGUAUAAUAAUCGUUCGUACAUUUUAUCGCAUCUUACGAUGAAUACCUGAAAGAGACUGUUGAACGAUGAAAUAAUUGUGCUUAUUUCUGAUGGUGAAAUAAUAGUUAAUUUAAAAAAUUACUUAGCGUAGCGUAUAGUUGUUGAUAGGCUUAAAUUUUUAUAUUCAAACUAUUGAGAUUGUCACAAUAUAUAAAUUUAGUACUA